CUCGUGGAUUCACAGUGUGCUUGCUCUCUGUACCCUUGUGGAUUUUAUUUAUCUUGAACAAUAAAAAUAUCUCUACAAUUGGUGUUCAGGCUUCUGAAUAAUCUCGAAUAAAUCCUUAAUCCUACUGAGAGAUUUAGCCUACCUAAAAUACUCAGUUAACGGGAUAUCAUUUAUUGGAGUCAGAUAUAGAGGAAACUAACCUCAACAUUUGGUGAACCGCUUUUAGAACACGCACCAUUUCUCUACAAUGUCUGCUGCAUACUCUCCAAGCGUGUCAUAAAGAAGUUCACAUUGGAAUUACUAUUACAAUUAAUAUCAAUUCAUUGAUAGUCAUAAUAAAGCCACCCAUAACAUUGUUCCUUUGGAAUUAUUGCUGUAUAUUCGCAAAUUUAAACCCAAGGUGACAGGUUUUCUUUUCGAACGUGACUGGAAAUGGAUAGGACAUACACUACGCAAAUCGUCAAACUGUAUCACAAGGCAAACCCCAACUUUGAAUCCUGAAGCAAGGCGGGAAAGAGGAAGGCCAAAGAACACAUUAGAUCGAGAACUAAAAGCAGAUAUGGAAAGGAUGAAUAACAACUGGAAGGAGCUGGAAAGGAUUACCCAGGACACGGUUGGAUGGAGAAUGCUGGUGAGCGGCCUAUGCUCCUUCACGAAGAGUAACAGGCGUAAGGAAGUCGUUUGAUAUUUAUGUGGUUAGUUUAACCAAUCCUCCUACAGUUACAUGUUCAUCUUAACCAACUAAUUCAAUAUAUUAGUGACCUUAACAAAAAUAAUCAAUCUAUGGUCUGUUGAAUUGAGUCAGCUUGACAAAUGGAUUUGGAUGCUUUUAAUCGCUCUGAGUGGAACGAUUCUCAAUAUCGUCAUACAAAACAUCCGACAAUGACUUCAAAGGGAUGUCCAGAAAUACCAUCUCUUAAUUCAUCAUCAGGCAGCUCAAUGGAUUUAGGCACAGAUGGAUGUACAGAAGAAAAUAUGGGAUCUAAAAUGAGUGAGUAUCCUGGACAAUCAGAAACAAAUUUUAAUCAGAUACCGGUCAGUGCACAAGAUAGUUUCUCCGACCACAGUCUGAAUAAUUCAGCUGGUCCAUUUUCAAGCCAACAAGGUUAUACAAAUCAUUCUUAUGGCAAUAAUCCAUCUGCUACAUCAUAUCUACCAGGCACAACCUCAUUCAAUAUCGAUUAUGCACGUCAAAUGCAAAGUCCUUAUAUUUCUGGAAAUCCCAAUUCACAAAAUCUCCAAACAAAUUAUUGCCCAACUAUACCACCAUCAGGUGGAAGUUCAUUUGGUAGCAACCCAGUGAACACGAAUCAAGGAUGUGUAUACCCGAUGUUUAACGAUUUCCCUACUCCGAUUUCAUCUCAGUCGAAUGAGUUUUCUGUCUCCUCCAGAGUUUAUGGGUUCGCUGAAUCAGCUCCACACGAAGAUAUAAUGAAACCAACAUUAACACCUAAAGGAAAUUCCUGUGUUGAACAUGAUUGUGAACGUUUGCACAGUGCUCUGGAUAGAUUAAAGAUAAGAGAAAAAGAAAUCGUUGAAGUAAUGGGUCGUCGACCUGUUGUUCAACGUAUAGCAAUUCUACAAAAAUAUAAAUCUCUAUAUAAGGACAAUUUGUUCGCCAUAUUUAAUUCUAAAUUAACUGGAUAUUUAAAAGAUUGUUUGAUUGCGUUGUGCUAUGCACCAGCAGAAUUUGAUGCAAUAGAACUUCAUAGAGCAAUGAGAGGAACUGAUACUGAUGAAGAUACAAUAAUUGAAAUUCUUUGUACAAGAACAAAUGAACAAAUCAAAAGAAUUAAGGAUGUUUAUCCAAAAUUAUUCGAUGGAUGUGAUUUGGUGAAUGAUGUAAACAAACAGAUUACACAUCAAUUCAAACAUAUAUUCAUGAGUCUAUUAAAGGCGGAUAGAGAUGAAUUUACAUUUGUAGAUAGAAAUCUUGUACAAAGAGAUGUGGAAGAAUUAUUUAAUAUAAUACAACAAAACAUUAGAAUAGAUGAAUCAAAAUUCAUUCUUAUAUUGGCUUCAAGAUCUUAUGCUCACUUACGAGUUGUAUUCAAUGAAUAUAUACGAAUUGGUAAGCAUACUAUGGAAGAUACUUUAAAGCUCAGAAUGCGUGGAAAUACACUCAGUACUCUACUUUCUAUAGUUCGUUGUAUACAAAAUAAACCACGAUAUUUUGCAGAAAAAUUAUUAAAAGCCAUGCAAUGUGCUGAAACAGCUGAUCAAGCACUUAUACGUAUCAUUGUCAGUCGCUGUGAAAUUGAUUUGAAAAAUAUCAUGAAUGACUUUCAUAAAAUAAAAGGAAAAAGUUUGCAUGAAUGCAUAGAUUUUAGUAGUUGGUGUUCAAGAGACGACCAGGUAGAUCUAUUUAUUAAUCGAACUUUAUGGAAUGAAACACCGAGUAAUUAUCGUCGGCUCUUAAUGAAGCUUAUCAAGGGAUAAUCUAAUUACCAAUUUCAUUAUUAUUCAUACAUUUAAAAUGAUUGAAGUCAUCAAACAAUUAUGAAAGUAUUUGUUUCGCUUAACAAGAAUUGUAUUAACAAAUGAAAAUAUUAUUAUUCACACUUCUUGUAUUUCCUUAUCUCCUCUCUCUCUCUCUCUCUCUCUCUCUCUCUCUCUCUCUCUCUCUCUCCCUCUCUCUCUCUCCCUCUGUCUUUACCCUAUACUCCAUUUGAUUGAUCUCCUAACAAAAUGUGGUAACAAGAUACGUUCGCUUAACUAUUCUGCUUAAAUGAAUACAAUUAUUUUGUUAUAAGAUUGAUCUGUUCAAGUUUUCAUUGAGAGGAGUGAGUGGUGUGAAACAAGUUGAAAGAUAUUAGUUUAUUCAACUGAAUGAUCAUUAGGUUGUUUAUCGUGAGUCCCCUAACAAGUCAAAUCGGAGAACAACAAAGGAGAGAUACAUUCAGUGUUACUUCAAGACUUUUAAACAAAUCAUGCAGCAAAUCGAACUGUGACUUCUUCAUGUUGUGUAUUGACCAGUUAGAAUGAAAUAUGCAUGUUUUAGAAUGCAUUCAGUUUUCGAUCUAGUAAUGGACAUUGAUUAAUCUGGUGAAGACCACCUCGUUGAACGAAUAAAUUUCACUCAACUUCAGUUUACUUAACAUUAAUCCUCAUCCUCCCAAUAAUAUUUUGUGCUGAUUGACCAAUUAUGAAUACGUCAAAAAGUAAUUGAUAACUGUAUUCCAGAUCAGUUUGAUUGCUAAAUACUUGAAAGUGCACUAUCCUAUUUUAAAAACAA